UAGUUUUUUAUUCGUUGUUUGAGUAUGUAAACUUUGAAAUAAAAUGUGUUUUGAAGAAUCUUUGACAAACUUCCACCCAAACGAGGGUUUAAAGUUAUUCAUACCUGUGCUAGUAUAAGGUAGUAGGUAUUCCAAGGAGUAGUCGAGGUGUGCACAUGUCGGUCCGGAUACCACUCUUGUAUAAAAAGAAUGUUUGAAUGUUUGAGUGACGUAGGUACAAUUAUGUAUUCAACACAAGUCAAUCUCACAAAACUUUGUAUUCGAAGUGUGUGUAAAUACCUAGUGCGAGUAUGUUCAACUUUAAGAAAGUUUGUAGUGUAUUUGGAAAUAUCCCUACAGAGUCCCAAUACCCAUGGCAUACCACUGUAGUCAAAGAGGCGCUUUAAGCACGCUUAAGCCCUGAAACGAGGCUCAAAACGUGUUGAGCACUUUGCCUCGCUUUAUGUGCGCUUCAGUGUUGUCACCAAGGUUCUAAGGCAAACUUUUCCUUGCCAUUGAGUCUCUUUUGAAGAAGUGACACUAAACAAUUGAUAUUUCACUUUAUCAUAAUUUUUAUUUAAUUUCUUUUGUCAUAUAUUUGUGAUUCAUGUUUAUAAUUAUUAUUCUUGGACUAAACAUAUAUAUUUGUAUUUUUACUCCCUUUGCACCUAUUUCAGUAAAGCCCACGUUUUAUUUGCGCUUAAAGCCCCAACGGACCUUAAAGCUUUUUUGCGCUUUUCGCCUUUGACAAUAUUGUGGCAUACCCAUCUGAUGCUGCAGCUGGAGUUUUCAGAAGAAUACUUGGUACUUCACCUAGAUGGUGAAAUUUAUGAAGUUUAUUGUAUCUCUAUGUCUAUGAAUGAGGAGAAUUGGGCUGAAAUAGCAUCGAAUUUGUUGUUGUGAGCUGUUCGUUUGUUGGAGCUGAAUUCCAUUAAAAUGGGGAGACCAGGAUUGAGGAAUUGUGAUGCUGUUUAUGAAGCAAGACGUGGAAACAGAAGGAAAGCAGAAUAUUCCGAUGAAGAAAAGAUUAGUGAUAAUCUCGUGCAAAAGAUUUCAAGAUCAGAGGAUGCCGAUGAAGAUUAUGUUGAGUUUUUGAAGCUACUCUACAACUAUGAUAAAAAUUCUCAGUCAUACACAAAUGAACAUGGAAAUGAUGGCAGCUAUGAUGAGGUUGAGGUUGAGGACGAGAAUGAAACUGACCCUCAGUACAAGAUGUUUUUGGCUAAUGCUAAGCCUGAUGGGUGGUCAUAUAUCCUUAACGUUAAUACAAAGGAUGAGUUUCCUGUGUCCAUAAAGUAUGAAAAAGAGAGUGAGUGUAAUAAUGGGUGCAAAUGUUUGUGUUGUAAAAAAGAGAAAGAUAUAGAGACGCAAAAGGAUGCUGUGGAUGAACUAAAGAAUCGGAGAUUUCCAAGGACUGAUCUCGGGUAUGAUAGCAAUAGAUCCAUGGGAGGCGUGAAUGUGAUAUUUGAGCCUUCUGAUACUACUUCUCAGAGAAACAAUGGGAGUAUGCGCCGAAAGCUUAGCACGGGGAAAUCUGGUGCAUCCAAGAGGCAGGGGAAGUGUGAGACUAAGAUAAAGUCACGUGAGGAGAAGAUGAUGAAAAAAUGGAGUAAACCAGUUCAUGUCAUAGGCAAAGAAAAAGCAUCUGAUGUAGGUGACGAUUAUGGGUUACUCCUGGAGAAUCUUCAAUGUGAGAAUCGGGGCAUGAAAGCCUCGUUAAGAAACGGUUGCAAUAUUGAGCCUUCUGAUACUACUUCUCAGAGAAACAAUGGGAGUAUGAGCCGGAAGCUUAGCAUGGGGAAAUCUGGUGCAUCCAAGAGGCAGGGGAAGUGUGAGACUAAGAUAAAAUCACGUGAGGAGAAGAUGAUGAACAAAUGGAGUAAACCAGUUCAUGCCAUAGGCAAAGAAAAAGCAUCUGAUGUAUGUGAUGAUUAUGGGUUACUCCUGGAGAAUCUUCAAUGUGAGAAUCGGGGCAUGAAAGCCUCGUUAAGAAACGGUUGCAAUAUUGAGUAUGAAGCUACUGAAGAUGACCUUGAAAUCCUUUACGACAGUAAUGAUAUGCUCAAGAAGAUAAGUGAGCCAUCUGAGUUCAGGAAGAAAGUCAUGGAUCUUCUGAAGAAGCCUUACAAUCCAAAGGAGUACAAAGAACUAUGGACGUAUGUCAACGAUCAAAAACCAGUGGAAAGGAAUAUGGAAUCGCGUAGAGGGGGAGUGAAGUCUUACAAGACAAAGAAAAUGGGAAAAUCAUAUCUGGAGUACUAUACAGACCUUAAGGAAAGACUUAAAGAAGUUGAUAAGGACGAGAAGAAGAAGUUGAAGAUCAUGUGUGGCUUUUCAUUUUGGUUACAGAAUCUCACCAAUGAAGGAGCCUUCAAACCUUGGAACGACAGUGAGUUUCUUGCCCGGGUGUCUGAAUCUAGUUAAGAAGUGAUGCACUUCCAGUCCAACUUAUUCCGAUCAAUCACUCAAAGAAAGCCACUGGAACAUGUCUAUGAUGUAUGUCACAGUGAAGACAAAAAUCAUGGACUCCAUUUUAUACAAAGUCAGUAUAUCUUACAGGAAAACAAACCUAGACGCGGAUCAUCUUGUGAAUUUUCUGCAUAGCCGCGGAACUUUUUAUUUCUUAUUUUUGUGAUCUUCCAAGUUCUCCCUCCUGUCCUUAUUUUUUGAAGGCCCUGGGAAUUUUGUACAUCUCAAAACAAGAUGUAAAUGGAGUGAAAAUUGGCAUAUUAGUCUUUUUUUUGGACUAAUAUUUCCUUUGUAAGGUGGCAAGGAGGAUAUCAGAGUUUUGGAAAUGGAGUCGCCUUUAGUAGGAA